AGCCUACCUGCCUAUAAGGUAUAUUGUACGCGUAAAAAUUAAUUUGAUUUUUUUUUUACCUUCGCGAACUCGUUUAAAUGUUUAUAAAUAAGCGCACAUUGUAUCUGUAGGUAAGAUUAGAAUCUUAUUCGAGGAAUUUGCCAUCUUACUCGUAAGAGAUCCGAUCGCGCAUAGCAAUGAAACGCUGCUAGGACUUCCGACUUUGAAAAGGAAUUUAAUGGUGUGAAAAUCGACUAGAUGAAAAUGGAAACGGUUCUGAUAAAGGUUCUGACCGAAUAUGGCACGGUAUUAGCAUCAUCUCAUGGAGUAAAAUUAAAAGAUCACGUAUUGUGUUACGCUGGUCCUUUUGCUGCGUUGCCCAAUGUCAUCGAUAAUGGCGGUUCUGUCCCUGUGGAGGUGUUUCAAAAAUAUCGAUUCGAUAUGAUUUCGUCUUCUGUGCCACGAUCCAUGGUAGAUUUCGAAUUCAGAAAAAUCUACUGCGUUGCUACCUACACUUGUGAUUUUAUUCGGGCUACUUUGGAUCACGAUUUGCAAGACUUGUGUUUCGGAACUGAAACUAGUACUAAUAGAUUACCCAAUAAGAAUUUCAGUUUGAUAUUAAUGUUCAGCGUGAAUACUAAAUGUGACAAUGUGACCGAAGUACUGUACGAAUUUCUCGAUUACCUGUCACCUCUGACUCGUAAAAUGAUCGGAAACCCAGUCACCAUAUAUUCCACACCGUUUAGAAAUCUAUUCCUUUUCAACUCUCAGAGUAAUGGAAUCGUCUGCAAUUUAUUCGGAAGAAAUGACUGUUUAUUCCUUACUGAUGCUAAGUUGUCGUCUGGAUGCGAAGGAGCACCAGUUUAUUCAUCACACGGAGAAUUAUUUGGAACUGUGGCCAAUGUUUUCACUUGGUGUAAAGGUGAAUGGAUGGGAUUCACUUUAGCUGUGCAUUUCCACCCGGUUUUAAAAGCUUGGCUCAACAUCGAGGAAAAGAAAUCUGUCACGAGCUUGCGAGAUAUAUCUGUUUUGAGGAAUUGUUUCGUCGAAGAAAUCGAUUCGCUCGGCGUUGUUCUCAUAUCAGGAUCGAAAGGAAUUUGGGGUUCUGGAGUGGUAUUCGAUAUACAUGCAGGUCUUAUUCUAACCUGCUCUCACGUCGUUUCUUUCUCCACUCAGACAAACGUUCUCGUUGAAUACAAACGUAAAAAAUAUUAUAACGCCAAAAUAUUGUACGCCACAGCUGAAAAUUCACCUUAUGAUCUUGCCGUCAUUGAAGUUCCGCCGUCGAAUUUCAAAGAAUGUACUGAAUUCAAAGCACCAUUAACUCAUUCCAACAGAGGUGAACAAGUGUACACGGUGGCAUAUCCUUUGUUUUCAUUUAAAAAUCAAACUAUUCAAGGACCUUCGGUCACAUACGGCCAUAUAGCUAAGGUGUAUCCUCGAUCCAUGAUAAUCGCCGCAUGUGCUUCCAAUUCAGGCUCUAGCGGAGGAGCUUUGAUUAGAAAGAAUGGCGAAUUAAUCGGUAUUAUUUCGAAUAAUCUGAGAGUGCAAGAUUUACUCGUGCCUCAUAUGACUAUUGCGAUUCCGGCUUCGGUUUUUAUUGGGCCGUUGAAAGAUUACAUUAGGACGAAAGAUGUAAAUCAUUUGAGUCGUUUAACUGUGAACGAUGAGUACGCAAGACGUGUUUGGAGAUUGGAAAAUAAAUCCAAAUUGUAAAAAAAUCGAAAUUCUGCUUUGACUAUUAAUAAUUCGAUAGGCAGCAAAUGCCUAUGUUAUAGUUUGCAGUGAAGUUUUGAUAUUUAUGUGUUCAAUGUUACUUUUACUGUUAUUAAGUAAUAUUAAUUACUUUUAAUUUAUUAUUUUUGGAAGUUAAUUUAUUUUUUCAGAAUUCUGUUCUUACCUAAAUUAUUAAGUAUUAUUAUAUUAUUAUAAAGACUUUAUUUCAA